ACAUACAACUAAUCUUUAUAAUAUUAAUAUUUAAAAACUUUUAAAAUAAUAUUAAAAUGAAAAAGUGCAGCUAGCUACUGCUUGUGGAUCGUCCAUUCAGAGCAUCUAGAUCUUGCAGCUCACGGAAGCUUCUCUUUACAGUGUCUCUCUCUCUCUCUCUCUCUCUCUCUCUCUCUCUCUCUCAAUCUUGAUUACAGGGAUGAAUAGCCUGAAAGAAAGGAACAUAAGAGAGCAUACCAAGAAAACAGCACGAUGAGGACUCAUAUUUUUAGCAUUUUCUUGAUCCUAUCAUUGGCUACAUCCUCCAGGCUUGAAUUUGCAAUAGGUGAAGAUCCUAGAAUUCAAGAUUCACUUGGUGAAAACAGGAGAAUUCUGCAUCAGCCAUUGUUUCCAGCUAGUUCAGCACCACCACCUCCUCAAUCUGAAUUAUUGCCGUCACCGCCGCCUCCGCCACCCCCAUCGCUGCCAGCCACACCGGACCAAGACCAGCCUUUCUUCCACGAAACUGGGCCGACGCCAGAUCAGGUCCAACAGUCUCCUCCUGCACCAGCCAAUGGCAUACCUGUGGCAAAUCCAGUUACCAAUCAGCAGGCAGCAACUAAGCCGAUCAAGAAAGUGGCAAUUGCAAUAUCAGUUGGAACUGUGGCAUUAGGAAUGUUGUCAGCUUUAGCAUUCUAUUUGUACAAGCACCGAGUGAGACACCCUGAUGAGUCCCAAAAACUCGUUGGUAGCAAUUCACAAAGGACUAAUGAAGAAUCAAGAAUUCCACCAUCCACUUUUUUGUACAUUGGGACUGUGGAGCCAUCCACCAGAGGUACAGCAGUGAGUACUGAUACCAAUGGUGUCAAUGGUUCACCUUAUAGAAAAUUGAAUUCAGGAAAAAUAUCAGAUCGAUAUAGGCCAAGCCCCGACCUUCAGCCGCUGCCACCACUUACCAAACCCCCACUGCCUCCUAGCAUAAAUUCACCACCCCCCAUGUCAUCCUCGGACGAUGAAAGCCAUGACACAAAUUUUUACACUCCGCAAGGCUCGUCUAUGAGCAAUGAGUCCCCAAGUUCACGGCAUUUCUACUCAAGCAAAAAUACUGGCCAGAUGAACCAGGCCAGGUCGGAUAGUCGUGUUGCUUCUUCUGUCCCCCAUUCCAAAAGAACUUCACCGAAAUCUCGUCUUUCUGCCUCAUCUCCUGAUAGUAAAUAUCCAAUCAUACCACCAAUCAAACAAUCAACGCUGCCUUCUCCUCCAGCACCAACUGCAACUAGUCCUUUAGGGCCACUGCAGGCUAGUAGACCAGCACUGCCUAAUAUUCCUAAACGGGCUAAAUUUUCAGUGCCGCCACCACCACCAAAUAUGGCACGGUUUCAAUCAAUGAAUGACGAAGAGCAGCAAGCAUCUAAGUUCCCAAUGCCACCUCCACCUCCACCUCCACCACCGCCGCCGCCGCCUUUGCAGACACCAAGAAAGUUGGGGACUGUGGAAACAAAUAUACCACCUGUUUCUAAACCACCAAUUAGACCACAAUCAAAAAGUUCCAGCCCAAAGUCAAGCCCAGGGACUGAGAGGAGAAGCCCAGCUAAAGAAGUUAAUAAAGGUGUCAUUACAUCAAGGAAAUUUGAUGAUGAUGACAAGGAUGGAUCAAAACCCAAGUUGAAGCCUUUGCACUGGGACAAAGUAAGAGCAACCUCAGACCGAGCAACGGUUUGGGACCGCAUAAAGUCAAGCUCCUUCCAGUUAAAUGAGGAUGCCAUGGAGACACUUUUUGGAUGCAAUUCUGCAAAUUCAGUAACUAAAGAAUCAACUAGGAAGUCAGUCCUUCCACCUUUAGAACAGGAGAACAAAGUACUAGAUCCAAAGAAGUCACAGAACAUUGCUAUAAUGUUACGAGCAUUGAAUGUCACAAGAGACGAGGUUGUUGAAUCACUUUUGGAUGGAAAUCCAGAAGGAUUGGGUUCUGAGCUUCUGGAGACUUUAGUGAAGAUGGCACCGACCAAGGAGGAAGAAAUAAAACUUAAAGACUAUGGCGGCGACAGCUCUAAGUUAGGGACAGCAGAGCGAUUCCUCAAGGCAAUACUAGAUAUUCCAUUUGCUUUUAAAAGAGUGGAGGCUAUGCUAUACAGAGCAAACUUCACUACAGAAGUAAAAUACUUGAGAAAUUCAUUUCAAACGCUAGAGGAAGCAAGUGAAGAAUUGAAAAAUAGUCGUCUGUUUCUUAAACUCCUUGAAGCUGUUCUAAGGACAGGAAACCGCAUGAAUGUUGGUACAAACCGUGGGGAUGCCAGAGCUUUUAAACUUGAUACUUUGUUGAAAUUAGUGGACAUAAAGGGAACAGAUGGUAAGACAACCUUACUUCAUUUUGUAGUCCAAGAGAUCAUCAGGUCCGAAGGAGCGAGUUCUGAUCCUAUAAUCGAAAGCCUCCCGCAUAAAACGGAUUUCAGAUUUAAAGAUGAGGAUUUUAAGAAGCAAGGAUUGCAAGUCGUAGCAGGGUUAAGCAAAGAGCUCGGCAAUGUCAAAAAGGCAGCAGGAAUGGACUCAGAUGUCUUGAGUAGCUAUGUCUCCAAGCUUGAAACGGGUCUUGAGAAAGUCAAGUUGAUUUUGCAACAUGAAAAGCAAAGUAUACAAAGUAACUUUUUCGAUUCUAUGAAAAUGUUUCUCAAAGAGGCUGAAGAAGAAAUCACCAGGAUUAAGGCAGAAGAAAGAAAAGCCUUAUCCUUGGUGAAAGAGGUGACGGAGUAUUUCCAUGGAGACACUGCAAAAGAGGAGGCCCAUCCUUUGAGAAUUUUCAUGAUUGUACGAGAUUUCCUCUCCAUAUUGGAUAACGUGUGCAAAGAUGUCGGGAGGAUGCACGAACAAACAACCGUGGGUGCCGGUAGAUCAUUCAGAGUUCCUGUAAAUGCAUCACUUCCAGUACUCAGUCGAUACAACAUACGGCACGAUAGAAGUUCUGACGAUGAUAGCAUGUAGCCUUAGACAAUGAACAAGCAAUGCAACACAGUAUCACAAUGCAUUCAGUUCCAUUAGGAAUGCAAAUGGAGUGGAAUGACAGCAAAGUGAAACAUGCCGAAAGAAGAAUCUUGUACCAAUAUUGCAAUGAAUCCUCCAUUCACAUUCCCUAAGAAAAAAAGGGCAUGCAUCCAUUUCAUUGAAGUGCAGAAAAUCUACACAAAAAUGGUCAUAAAAGAACUCAAAUAAGCAGGAUAGCUACUCCAUCCGGGACACCAAUAGAUGGCCAAAAUCAUAGAAAUAUUUUUUCUAUUACCAUAUCCAUAAAGCAGUUUUUGUUCACUUAUAUACUUAUUCAAGAGAACGCAGAGUACAAUGUUGAAAAUAAUAAUGAUCUGAAUGUAGUAUGAUUUCAUUUUUUUCUCAUCCACAUUAGUAAAAUCUUCAGUGUUCA